AUGAACGUGGUGACAAUGCCCUGUGUGAUGUUGAUCUCCCCCACCACCGCCUUGAUCGCCAAUUUCGGCCAACGCGACUUCACCUUCGCCAUCGCCCAACACAUCGCUCAAGAGCGCUGCACUGCCGUCACCCAGGCCAUUGAGGACAAACUCACUGCCGAUUUGGCGAGUGUUGAAAUGCAGAGGUUCAAACAGCAUGACUCAUUUGAAUCAGACUCUACUCUACCGAUGUUGGCAGUUGAUGCAAUGGAAGAGGAGAAAGAGGCGUCGAGCAUAGUCUUUGACUACCUAAUGAGAAAUGGUUACCUGGCAACCGCAAACGCGAUGGCCCGUCCUUCGAUUGUCCCACGAAAUGCUGCCAACAACAACAACAAAGCUGCCGUUAAUGGCACUGAUUCGUCUAAUGCCUUGGACACCAACAAACUCCCCCACCCCGACUCAUCCAACGCGAAGCCCACUUCACUGAAUUUGAAACCUCUGGAUAUGAGCAAUGGAAUUUGUGAUCAAGAUGCCUCAGUUGCAAACACACCCCCCAACACAAAAUCCUCGCCUACUCAGCCUACUGCUUCCCAGGCAGAUUUAACCAAUGAGCGUCUCACCUCGACAACCGAUUUCACGAUCGAGUUCUAG